GCAAAUAUUACUAAAAAUGCAACAGAAUUUAGUGCAAUAUUUUUAAAUACACCGGAUAGAUAAACCACCUUCACGAUGCCUAUUAUGUACAAUACGGGCGAGUGGUUUAAGGUGCGGCCAGACUACUAUAGAAAAGUGGAGCUGCCGACGCCCGAUUGGCCACUGGAUCUGGAAUUGGAGUACAUGCUUUUGGCAGCGGCUCCGUAUGGAGGUCCCUUGGCAGUCACUCGGGAUACCACCAAAUUGGUGCCCGUCAAAGGUUCUAGCAGACCAAUGAUUCGUAUUUUUGACACCACCGGAAAGGAAACAGGUCAUAUUUUGUGGAACCAUGGAAAACUUAUUGCAAUGGGUUGGUCUGAUACGGAGGAGCUGAUUUGUGUUCAGGAGAACGCUACCGUGUUUGUAUUUGACAUGUUUGGGAAGGAAAAGGAGUCUUACUGCAUUGGCGACGAGGCCAGCGUUACCAAAAUUGUCGAGGCUAAAGUAUUUCAGUCUUCUACGGGUACAGGAGUUGCCGUUUUAACCACAUCCGGUCGAGUCUUUCUGAAACAAAAUAGCUCCAAGGCAGAGCGUCGUCUACCGGAUAUUCCCAAUUCUAGCAUUAACUGCUCAUGCUGGGACAUUGUCACCGAAGGGCGCAACAGCUACUGUCUCCUGGGUAGGGAUCGAGAAGUUAUCAAGCUAUUUCCCGAUGAAAAGCUUCCCACCAUUACCGCUAAUCUUUUCGAAAAGCCGCACGAUCGAAUCAUCAAGAUCUCUGUUUCUUACAACCACCAGCACUUGGCAUUGUACACAAAUACUGGGCUUCUAUGGAUGGGUAGCGUUGAUAUGCGACAAAAAUAUUGCGAAUUCGAUACAGGGCGCAAAGACAUGCCCCUCCAAAUAGAAUGGAUCAUGAACAUAGACGACAGCGAGUCUGAUGCGGUGGUCAUAUCCUACCCUUCCUAUUUGCUAAUCGUAAAUCGCAAAGCUGAUCGUAGCGACUACCACUAUGAUCCUGUGCUGUUUUUGGUUGCGGAAAUGGAUGGCGUUCGAAUUAUCACUCCGACGUCCCACGAGAUGAUACAACGUCUGCCCAAAUGCGUGGAGAAUAUAUUCGCAGUGAAUAGUCAGGAACCGGCGAGUUACCUCUUUGAGGCUCAGAAGAAGUUUGAAGAGAAAUCCUACAAAUCCGAUGAAUAUCUAAGCAUGUGUCGGGAUAAGAUGCCUUUGGCCGUGGAUGAGUGCAUUAUGGCAGCAUCCCACGAGUUUUGUCCUGAGACCCAAAAGAGUUUGCUUAGGACGGCCCACUUUGGCAAAGGUUUCAUUUUAAACCAUAACCCUGAUGAAUAUAUGCGUAUUAUGAGGAUAUUGAGGGUCCUCAACACCCUGAGACACGAGAGAAUCGGAAUACCACUUACUUUUAAACAAUUCACCCACCUUAAUCCUGAAGUAAUACUUAGCCGUUUGGUAUACCGUAAGCACUAUGCCGUUGCUAUUCAGGUAGCAAAGCACUUGAACCUACCAGAGUCUUGGAUUUUGGAGCAUUGGGCCUACGACAAAGUGCUCAAUGAUUCUAAUGACGCCGAAGUGGCUCGCAAGAUAACUGAGCGGUUUAAGAACCCCUCGGUCGAGGGUAUAUCCUUCUGCAAUAUUGCAACAAAGGCUCAUCUAGCGGGCCGAGAUGAACUGGCCAGUAAACUUCUUGAUCUGGAGCCUCGAACAUCGUUACGUGUUCCCCUGUUGAUCAAAAUGCGUAAAUUCGACCGGGCUGUGAGCAGUGCCACACAGUCUGGGGACACUGAGCUGAUUACUCAAGUGCUCCUUGAGAUGAAGAUGCACAUGAUGCUCUCCAAUUUACACAUGACUAUUAGAGAUCAUCCCCUGGCAUUAAAUAUGUACAAGAAAAUCAUGCGGGAGUCUAAUCGGGCUGGCCUUUAUGGAAUAUACAACACAGAAGACGACCAAAAGGCCAUCGCAGAAUAUCACUUCGAGAACGCAAUCGAAACGAAGAGCCUGGAGUCGAACUUGUCGCCGAUUGUCAAUGCCUACACCCAGGGUCGAUGCACUUUGGAAGCGGAGCUGUGCUCUGAUUACAGUCGGCUGCUCAAGCUGCAAAAAACAUUCGAGAGCAAGUACGGUGGCACUUUCAGCGGAUUAUCGGUGCACGACACUAUCUUGGAGCUUUUGCAUCUUGGCCAGCUUAAUGAGGCGGAAAAAAUCAGGAAUAGCUUCAAAGUGCCCGAGCGUCGUUUCUGGUGGUUGCGCAUCCUCACACUCUCGGAGCAUCAGAGGUGGGAUGAGCUGGAGAAACUGGCCAAGAGCAAGAAGAGUCCCAUUGGUUACGAGCCAUUCGUUGAUGUUUGUUUGAAACAAGCCAACCCCGCAGAAGCCCGGAAAUACAUUCAGAAGUGCAGAGACAGCCGGAAAGUGCAUUGGUAUAUCCGGGCAAACUUAUUGAAUGAAGCCAUUGACUGUGCAUUGGAGCAAAAGGAUAUACAUAGCCUCUAUGAAAUAAAAAAGAAGGAGGAUGUUGUUAACGAUGGAAAUCUUUUGAGCAAAGUCUGCAACUGCAUUGCCGCGCUGGAGUCUAGAAAGUAGGCGGAACAUUCCUAUAUGCUAAAUGUUUUGAAAAUUAAUAAAUAUUUAUUGAUACCUAUG